AUGAGCUCAACCACUAUUCUGCGGACAAGGCGAACUCUUGCCGAGAGUCCAGGCUAUAUCGAUGGUGCUCGUCGCACCAAGGACAAUAAUGCGGUGAAGACAGACACUUCAUGGGACAAUGAAGCCGAUCAGCAUCCUCUGGGAGUGAGACCUUCGGGAAAUGCCCUCACAUCUCACCACGAUGCCCAAACCUCUAUGGGCUGCUUCGGCCAUUUGCCAGAUGGCCUACUGCCGGUGAUCCUGGAAUUCCUUGACCGACACAGUCUUGCCAACCUAGGUGCGACAUGCCGGGGACUGUAUGCCUACUCCACAUACGACCAGCUAUGGAGAGAUAUUGCAGUUAAUGAGACGGACGAAGACUUCGAAUGGCGGGGAAGUUGGCGAGCAUCUCUCAUGCGCCUCCCAUCAGCGGAAUUGGCGAAAGUGGAUUGCAGGUGCUUGUUUUCCGAUUCACUACAUCGACCGUUUCUCUGCUCCCGCAUACCCUUGACUCCGUAUGUUUCAGGCAUCCCCCCCCAGAAUGAGAUUCCACGGUUGGACGACAUCUCGCCUGAAGAAUUCAACAUGUCAUGGGUUGGCAAGCCAUUCAUUCUGACAGCACCCGUGAAGAAGUGGCAGGCCUUCAGGAUGUGGGAUCUCCAGCAUUUACUAGCAAUAUAUGGGGAUGUUUCCUUUCGUUGCGAAGCGGUUGAUUGGCCGCUCAGGACAUACAUCAAGUACAUGGACAGCACUAAGGAUGAAUCGCCGUUGUAUCUGUUUGAUCGGGCUUUUGUCGAAAAGAUGGGGUUGCAAAACGCUUACGAUAUACCGAGGGCAUUUCAAGAAGAUUUUUUCAACCUCCUCAAGGACCAGAGACCAGAUCGACGUUGGCUGAUUAUUGGGCCCGAAAGAAGCGGAAGCACGUUUCAUAAAGACCCGAAUGCUACUAGUGCCUGGAAUGCCAUCGUCCGAGGUUCGAAAUAUUGGAUCAUGUUUCCAAGCUCUAUCCUUCCUCCAGGAGUCUACAUGUCCGAAGACCAAAGCGAGGUCACUUCCCCCUUGAGCAUUGCCGAGUGGCUGCUCUCCUACCAUGCUGAAGCUCGGAGGACAACUGGUUGUAUUGAGGGGAUCUGUCGAGAAGGCGAAGUCCUACAUGUCCCCUCGGGCUGGUGGCACUUGGUAGUAAACCUCGAGCCAGCAAUUGCCAUUACUCAAAACUUCGUACCCAGAGCGCAUGUCCGAUCAGCGAUUCGCUUUCUCAGAGACAAGGCAGACCAAGUUUCUGGAUUCAGAGACGAUAUAACAGACCCCUAUGCUCUCUUCAUGGAUCGCUUAAAGGGGGCUGAUCCGAACCUGGCGGCAUCUGUCGAGGAUUCCCGCAAGCGGAAAUGGGAAGAGGUUGUCGCUGGCCAGGAUGAAGCUGAUGGAGAGCGGCAAGGGUUUAGCUUCGGAUUCGGCGAUGAUCUCGAGGAAGAUGUCGAAUGA